AUGGCUGUUUUAUUACGGGAGGCAAACUUAACUCGCAAAACGAAAGAAACAGACAUCAGUGUGACCCUAAAAUUGGAUUCUGCUGGGAAUCAAACGAUCGAUAUCGAUUCUGGGAUUGGAUUUUUGGAUCACAUGUACGAAGCUCUUGCAAAGCAUUCUGGAUGGUCUCUCUCACUUAAAUGCAAAGGCGAUUUACACAUCGACGAUCAUCAUACCGCCGAAGACACGGCAAUAGCAUUGGGUAACACGUUUAAGCUAGCGCUAGGCGAGACGCGGGGAAUUAAACGGUUUGGGUAUGCAUAUGCGCCAUUAGACGAGGCCUUAUCACGCGCAGUAGUAGAUAUCUCGGGAAGACCAUUCGCAGACAUAAAUCUUGAUUUGAAACGUGAAAAAAUCGGUUCGUUGUCAGCGGAAAUGUUGCCCCAUGUGUUAUCGUCUUUUGCUACUGCGGCGAAUAUUACGCUUCAUGUGGAUGUGUUGAAAGGAAAAAAUGACCAUCAUAGGGCAGAAUCUUCGUUCAAAGCUCUUGCUGUCGCUUUACGACAAGCAAUUGAAAGAACGGGAACAAAUGAUGUGCCUAGCACCAAAGGUGUCUUGUAA